CAAACCGUCACGUAACGAAGCAAACGUUGAAGUGAACUGAACUAACCCAUGAACCACCUCUCUCUGCCAUUGCAGUCAUAUCAACAUACGGGAAAAUGCGAUGAGAAGUCGUGCUGGUGUACCGGUAUCCGACUUUGAAUGCCAAGUGUGAGACAUCGAAUUGCGUGAUCGGUGGCGUAACAGGUAAGGCAGACUGUUCUUACGUAGGCUUCUGGAUGUGGUAUCCUGUGCUGCUCAGGUGAAAGAUCAGUGCUCUUCGACCCGUCGUGGAACGCCACAUGAAGGAAGAAAGAAGAGCAGCAAGGGAGGGGCUGGAAGGAAGAGUAGGCAGCAGACAGGAUGAAGGAGGAGAACUUGUUUCAUCGGAGGAUGUCUCUGUCUCCCAAUGCCACAUCUCCCUCCCCUCCUAAGAUCGACCACCGCUCUCUGACCCGCAACAUGUCUUAUGGAGGAGAAAGCGAGCUCUUCCCGCUCAGCCCAGGUAUGGAGGCAGAAGGGAAUGGUCUGUCCAUGAUGAGUGACGAGCUCAGCCCCGCCCAGUCGCCUAGCAGCAAGUCUGAGUCCAGGAUGUUCAAUAACGGUCUGGAGGACUGCUCCUCCCCCACAGAGAAGCUGGCCCGGAAGGAGUCUCUCAAGGUCCAGAAGAAGAAUUACAGACAGGAGAAGAAGCGGGCAGCCAAAGAACUGUCAAGCGCUCUGAAGGACCCCAGUGUUGUCAUCACGGCUAACUGGCUAAAGAUCCGUGGUUCGCUAAAGAGCUGGACCAAGCUGUGGUGUGCCCUGAAGCCGGGGGUCCUGCUGAUCUAUAAGACCCCUAAAUCGGACCACUGGGUGGGCACCCUCCUGCUCAACGCGUGCAAGCUGAUUGAGAGGCCCUCCAAGAAGGACGGCUUCUGCUUCAAGCUCUACCACCCGCUGGACAAGUCCAUCUGGGCUGUUAAGGGUCCUAAAGGGGAAAAUGUUGGCUCCAUCACUCAACCUCUACCCAGCAACUACCUGAUCUUCAGAGCUGCGUCAGAGUCUGACGGUCGGUGUUGGAUGGAUGCUCUGGAGCUGGCUCUGAGCUGCUCCAGCCUCUACAAGCUGACAGCUAAAGCAGGGAGAGACGGAGACCUCAGCACCUCCUCGGAGUCCUCCCAUAUACUACAGCUACUGCAGUCUACUGCCCUCACUGAUGCUGAGCUACUACAGUUGGCCAACCAACAGAUGGAGAAUGACGGCUACUCUGAGAAAUCAGAGCACGAUGCCCAGGAGGAUUGGGACAACGGGGCAAAUGAGAACGGAGGUCGGCUGACGGAGGAGAGCGACAUGGACCAAUCGGACGAGCUGUCUCCGGGGCUGCAGGCCACAUCCUACGUCGAGCAGAGCCAGGAGGAGAUGGCCGAGGCUGGUGAGGCGUCCCAGGUGGAGACGGUGUCUGAGGAGAACAAGGGUCUGAUCUGGACCCUGCUAAAGCAGCUGCGGCCUGGCAUGGACCUGUCUAAAGUGGUCUUGCCCACCUUCAUCCUGGAGCCACGCUCUUUCCUGGACAAACUAUCAGACUACUACUACCACGCUAAUCUGCUGUCAGAGGCUGCGAGGGAGGAGAGUCCAUAUGGCAGAAUAAAGCAGGUCGUGCGCUGGUACCUGUCUGGCUUCUACAAGAAGCCCAAGGGACUGAAGAAGCCCUAUAACCCCAUCCUAGGAGAGACGUUUCGCUGUUGCUGGCUCCACCCUCAGACAGACAGCUGCACCUUUUACAUCGCAGAGCAGAUCUCCCACCACCCACCAAUCUCUGCCUUCUACGUCUGCAACAAGAAGGACGGCUUCUAUAUCAGCGGCAGCAUCUUGGCCAAGUCCAAGUUUUACGGUAACUCUCUGUCUGCCAUACUGGAUGGCAGGGCCAGAUUGAUGCUGCUGGGCAGGGAUGAGGAGUACGUCAUCACCAUGCCUUACGCCCACUGUAAAGGUAUUCUGUAUGGCACCAUGACACUGGAGCUGGGAGGGAAGAUCACUAUUGAGUGUGAGAAAACCAAAUAUGUGGCAGAACUGGAGUUCAAGUUGAAGCCCUUCCUGGGAGGCUCCAGCAGUGUGAACGUGAUCUCGGGGAAGAUUCAGCAGGGAGACGAGCUGCUGGCCACUGUGGACGGACACUGGGAUGGUGAGGUGUUCCUACAGGAGAAGUCAGGGCAGCAGGAGCACCUGUGGAACCCUACUCCAGAGGUCCGCAGCACCAGACUGAAGAGGCAGGUGGUACAGCUGGACCAGCAAGGGCAGUUUGAGUCGGAGAGGCUGUGGCAGCAUGUGACCAGUGCUAUAGUGGACCGUGACCAGAACCAGGCAACCCAGGAGAAGUUCGUACUGGAGGAGGCUCAGAGGAAUCAGGCCAAAGACCGUGGAGACCAACCUUGGCGCCCCAGACUCUUCAACCUGGACUCUGUCACCAACGAAUGGACAUACACACACAUAGACACACGGCCGUGGGACCCUGAGCGCUGUCUGGUGCAGUUUGAGAAGCACGGGGUGAUCCAGACCAAGGAGAAAUCACAGAGACGACAUAAAGGACUGGCGUACAGCCGCGCCUCAGCCUGGGCUAGCCAGCAGAAGGCCCAGGUGAAUGGGAAACACAGGAAAGGCAGCAGCCAGCCGUCUAGCUGCAGCCAGAACACUGAGAGCAGCAGCACUACACCAGAACCUACACACGAGUCCUCUGAUAAUGAAGGUAAGACGCACACAUUCACCACGUCAGAACCUACACACGAGUCCUCUGAUAAUGAAGGGUACCUGAGCCAGUGUACACGGUGCAACAAGGAAGUGAAGGACAUUGCCCUCAUAGAGGCCUCCAUCGCAUCCAUACAGAAGACACAGCAAGACAUCCAGAGGAACCUGAUAGCGUUGGGUCGUCAACUGGGCCGUCGUCAGGAGACUGAGGACAAUGUGACACCAACUGGACGCCACUGUUUCAUCCUGUGUGUCCUCCUGCUCUCCCAACUCUUCCUCAACUAUAUUUUCACCUGAACUACCCUGCAACAGAAGUUACCCCCCCCCCCAGGCACGGAUGUAGGAUCAGCUCAACACUCCCUAUUAACCCUGACCUUAACUAUUAGAUGGAGGGGCAGCUUCGUCCUGUUCUCCUGAUACGGGAGGGCCACAGGUGCCAUAGCAAUAAACACAGCCACCCACAGCCACCACUCACCUGCCAACCAGAGCGGAGCAGAGCGCCCUCCAGUGUAGCCAGUCAGCAUGGCACCCACGCACUUUGGACUGAGAAGACCACGACAGGAAGAGAUCAAAAAAGAAAGAGUGGACUGACUGGGGGUGUUUUUUUAAAAGAUGAAUGAGAGAAUAAGGACUGAAUUAGCUUUUUUUUAAUAGGAAUGAGAAGGAAUUAUUGUUUUACAGAAGAGGAUGUUCCACCUGUCUUUUAUUAAUGGAUGUGUACUUUUUAUACUCCCCCUGCAAUACUGUUGUGUGCGUGUGUGUGUGUGUGUGUGUGUGUGUGUGUGUGUUGUGUGUACGUACAGUAGGCCCUAUGGGCAUUGAUGGACUACGGCUUGGAGUCCUUAAUAGUCCACCUUCACUACAGACUUUGGGCCUUAACGCUGAAGCCAAAAAGAAGUGAAAACAAUGUGACAUCGACAAAACAAAGUGAACUCGAGAUAAGAAAAAGAAACUUCCAAUAAUGCAAUUGUCUUUUUGUGUAUAUCUAUAAUAUGUCACUUUUUGGGCGAUCUGACCAAAUUCACAUAGAAAUAUGUGCUAGAGAUCUGUCACUGAUUGAAAGCAAGCCGUAGAUAUGUUCUAUUGUGCUUUAUUUCUAUGCUUCCCAUGUUUUUGCGUCUUUUUGCUUUCGGUUUUGUACACUAGCUUCAAACAGCUGAAAAUACUAAAUAUAUUUGCCAGCGGUUUAGAUGGUACAAUUAUACUCUACACUAUACUUGCUUGUUUUGUCACAUAAACUGAAAUUUGGCGAAUUAGAAUUUUUGCAACCAGGAAAUGAUUUCUGCGUAGUGCAUCUUUAAUAAUAAUGAUGAUGAUGAUUUUACCAAAACAGUAUUUAUAACCUGAAAGGUAAAGAGUACUUGUUUACAGGUUUGUGUGUGUGUGUGUGUUUUAUAUUGACAUAUAUAAACGAAGGGUAGGCAGAGAGAGGCAGGUUAGAAAGGUAAAAGGGAUGUGGGUCUGUCUGUAUGCCUGUAGCGCCAUCAGGGAAUGGAUUUAUAGCACUGCUCUGGUGUAGACAAUCAGCCAAAGAGGACAGAUGAUUGGCGGUGUAGAGAGAAUGAACAGGGGAAGAGAAGAAAGGAAACAACGAAAGACUGUUAAAGGUAUAGGGUAAUGAGGUUGUUGAUGGGUCGGGUGUGUAAUGUACUUCAGACGGCACUGUUUGGAAGAACUGUUCUCGAUGUAAUUACUGGGGGUCAAUAUACCCAUAUGUAUAUAUUUGUCUGGAGCACACACACACACACAAGCACUGUGUUACCAAUGAGAUUCAGAAUGUAUUUAUUGUGUGAUUCACCUUGAUUUAUGGAUCAUACUCCGCUUGGAAGAUGGAUGCAAGUGGUGACAAUCGCGAGUAAGUUUGUUCUCCCUUGUUCAUUAGGUAGGCACCAAACAGGAAAAUGGACUGAAACAGGGAGGGACACUGGACUUGACACUAAUUUCUGUUCUGUUUUAAAAUGGGUUGUACCCUAUUGAACAUGUACCAGGGGAACCAGGUCUGUGAUCUAGCCUUGGGAUGUUACUCGUACGUACGGACAGUCAUGCAAGUUGGAGUCAAACAUUAGGGUCAAAAUUGAAAAACCAACCUCUUUGGUUGGUGUAAACUUGCCCUUGUCCAGGCACCCAAUGGGGAAAAGGAGAUGAAGGAAGUAGGAAUUUGACUUUGGAUGCUUUGAUUCACGGUUUGUUCUAUUUGUUUUGCACUCUACUGUCAUGUACACAGAUAUUUUUGUCAUAUGAGAAUGAAAGAACAUGAUUUUGCUAAAUACCUGUUGCAUACUGUAGCACUACAGUAAACAUUGACAUUUUGACUGGACACCCAUUCUUGCUCUUUUGAUUGAGUUUCUCCACAAAAUGGUCAGUGCUGAAAGUCACGUCUGGUUAUAAAGUGUCACAACGAAAGUCCUACAGCAUAGCUAGUAGACACUAGGCAGGUUUCCAUAGACCCAGGUUUAUCCGACAAAUGAUGAUGGAAACUGUUUUUUGAAUAAAUGAUUGGCGAAUAAUUUAAGGUACGCCGGUCCCUUGAUGUCAUCACGUAACUAUAAAACUCCACGUAAUUGAAUGAUACAUGCCUACUGCUUGCUAAAUAAACAAUGUCAACUACAAAAA